UUCGCUAGAGGCGGUCCUCCAGAGUUAGGACGUUGGUUUUUGGCUGCCGUAUCGUGGUUGCGCGCGUAGUUCUUCCGAUUUUCGCGGCGUGGGCCGGGAGCUUCCGUGUUCUCUGCAGUAGUGCGGUAGUGGCGUUUCGAAGCGACGGUUCGGGAACUUUUUCGGAUGCGCGUGUUUGUGUACCGGAUGUGUCGAGAUUUCCGCAAUCCGAGAGUGACUUUGUGAUUGGUUAUGGUUUAUCUCGAUCAUUAGGUGAUUAUCUCACAUCAAAACGGGAUGGGUUGCUCUAGUUAAAAUAUAUCCAAGCAAUUUCAACCCGUUACAAAGAAAAAUCCUACAAUUUUAAAAGCUGUUUAUGAAAUAAAUAAUUUUCAACCAUGAUGGAAGUAAGUGAAGUUCCGCAGCAGCAGCAGCAGCAACAAUCGCAGCUACCGCUGGAUUUCAGUGUUACUAUGGUGAAUAUCAAACUGAACAAUGUGAACGUGAAUCUGAACACCAACAACAACAGUAUCAGCAUCCUGAACAACAAUAACAGUCAUCAUGGCGGCUCCAACGGGCUCAGCCACAGCCACAGUCAAGGAAAUAAUUCGGCACAGGAUGCGAUGGGUUCGCUACUGGCAGCGCAUCAUCAUCACCAACAGCAGCAGCAACAGCAGCAUCAACAACAACAGCAACACCUGCAUCAAAACGGAACUAGCAAUGGCAACACUGCUGCGCUAACAAGUGCUUUCAAGGUGGUGAUGCCACGGGGGAAAGCCGACGUGCAAACCAACGGCCUUUCACCGCUGCUAAUCAACAACGAACUUCUGGUGAACCACUACCGGAGGCUUCUACAUCCGGCUGCCGUCCCGCGACUUCCAACUAGCAACGGUAGCAACAAUUCUCACUCCACCUCCUCCGGCAACAACGUGGACGAAUCGACGACGAGCAUUGCGGAAUCGUUUCAAAAACUACACCGAGAUGACAUCAAAUUCGGGAUCAACCGGUUGGUCAAGAACGAAUCGGAGGACGAGGACAAUAACAAUGUAUACCAUCAGCAGAACCACGUGGCCAAUGCCUGCUCCAAUGGGUACGAUUCCAGUAGUUUAAGCGUGCGAUCCCGGUCCCGAAGUAGAUCUAGAUCGAGGGAUCGCUCGACUAGGUCCCGCUCUUCGUCGAUAGAACUGGAAGUCGAUUCACCUCCACCACCUCGAAUACACCUUUCGCCGACGACGGACAUCAUCCCGCAUAUGCCUAAGAACUCGGAAGCAUUUUCUGUGUCUGCACUGCUGAAACGAGAAGAUGAACCAAAGUCUAAGUCGCCUUUAUCGAACAGUUCGUUCGACAGUGUGAGGCCUAACUACAGUCAGUUCUAUGAGCAGACCAUCCUAAACCGGCCCCUGUUUCACCCGUUUCCGUUUUUUGCGAUGCUUCAGCAGCAGGGUCAUCAACUUAAUCCCGCACUCACUAAUCUCUCCCGCAACUAUCAUCCGUCGACGCCUGAGGAUAUCCUGAGGUUAAGGCAUUUCAUGGCUCAGAAUGCGGUGGCGGCCGGGGCUGCCGUUGCCCAAAAUGGACCCGGGGGACCCCAUCUGGACUUCGGUCAUCCGCAUCAUCCGCACCAUCUCCUCAUGCGACCUGAAGUGCACGCCCGGAGGGCACACAACGGAAAGCGCCCCUACGCCUGUGAGCUGUGUAACAAGACGUUCGGUCAUGAAAUAAGUUUAAGUCAACAUAGAGCUGUGCACAGUGUGGAGAAGAUCUUCGAGUGCAAACAGUGCGGCAAGGCGUUCAAGCGGUCCAGCACCUUAUCGACGCACCUGCUCAUCCACAGCGACACGCGGCCUUACCCAUGCGGAUUCUGCGGCAAACGGUUCCACCAGAAGAGCGACAUGAAGAAGCACACCUACAUCCACACCGGUGAAAAACCCCACAAAUGCCAGGUGUGCGGCAAAGCUUUCAGCCAGAGCUCGAACCUGAUAACCCACUCGCGGAAGCACACCGGCUACAAACCGUUCCAGUGCGAGCUCUGCCACAAGGCCUUCCAGCGCAAGGUGGACCUACGGCGGCACAAGGAAACUCAGCACACGGAGAUCCGGGCCGGUCUGGUCAACUAACCCAAGGCCCCCUUGCUGCUGGGACCCGGCGCCGGUGGUGAUUUUGCCAACCCUGCCGGAACCUUGAACCUCCACUCGAUGGUGCUUCCGGCGGCAGCCAUUGCAGCCCUCGGUCCUCCCAGUGGGACCAACCCCGCGGAUUGUGCGGAACCACCCCCUCACUUCCCCAGCGGACCCUUCAGCAGUAGUGCCGAGGGAGAAUUCAUUGUGAUCGACUGAGAAAUAGAAUCAAAUCAAAGACAUAUUGUAAAGUUCAACUAAGCUUCUAGCGUGUAAUUCUUCAAACCAAAACGUGACAACACGAGCUGUAAAUACUUGGAAAUAGUAUAGAGAUUCCUAUUAAUCGUAGACCAAUCACUAGAGAAGAAUAACAACAACCAAACAAGUUUUUAUUUCUGUUACAAUCUACUUUUUAGUUGUUCAAUACCAAAGUUUCGUCUUUAAACAAAACCGUACUGUUAGCAAACUAUUAAACCUAUAUCAUUACUAUUAGCUAGGACAAUUCCAAUUGUAAAAAUAUGUAUCUCAUACCUGAUUCGAACCAAGAGUAGUCUUCAUACCAAAAAAUGUAGCAAAGUAAUUUGCAUUGACAAAAAAAAACUGUGAAUAGAUCGACGUUUUGUGUACAGCAGAGCCGAUGUCAAUACCGUUUGAACUCCCAGCUCGAGAACAUAUGUUUGUAAAUACAUUGUAGGUGUAGGUGUAGUACCGAUUGAUCGGAAAGGCGGAAUGGGAGCUGAUCUGUCAAAUCUUCGUUUGUUCAAUCAUCAAGUGGAAUAAUUAAUAAAGAAAAAACCAACUUCAUGUGCAAUUUUGAC